GUUCUUAGAGGGGUUAGCGUUAGUUCUAGUUAGAGACGCUUCUAUAUAAUUCAGACUACCAAUCAACAUUCAGGACGUGGUUCUACUUGGAACUAGAAGGAUCCAAUUGGGAUUUCACUUUGAUUUGUGAUCGAGCUAGAGAUUACGCAUCAUUCAAUACUUGUGAGUCCUUUAUUGUUCCGUGGAUUGAAAAAUUCCCAUGUUUUUGCGCAUUAGUCCUUCUUCGUGCUCCUACAAUCAUUUCCUCGAGAAGGUGGAGUAGAGCUCGCCCUUCACUUGGACUGUCGUUCUUCCCAUCUUCUCGCUUCAUCUACUGCUGCAAGCACUCGUGCGUGGUUCACUCUACUCCUAAAAGAAAACGGCACGACACGACGACUAUCAACAUUAUUGACUGCUUGGGACCAGCGACAACAUCAGCACAUCGGAAAGCAUGAAUGAAGCGCCGGACAGGUGGUAAUACUGACGAAGGUCAACUUGACUCGCGUCAACUUUGCGACGCGGGCAAGAUGAUCCAACUGGUAGGCAAGUCGAUGAAAGGCGGGUCGGCGCCGUCGAGUAGUAAAGCCUAUGACAUUGACAGUGCGAUAGGAGAAAGGGAGGAUACUGAACUUGUCAAUGCAGGAGCUUUUGAUGACGAUGACGAUGAUGACACCAGCAACAUAAUUAAGCCUAGCGCUAUGGCAUCCUCAAGCUCAACUACAUCCUUGGCUCUUGGUCGUGUUCUACUCUAUUACAAUAGAAGACGCCAAGGAUGCUCUCAAGGAUGCCAACGCGGUAGAACCUCUAACCUAGAGGGCGGGGGAAGCAGGACUGACGCAGACUCUGCUUCAACAGAACCACCACCUCCGAGCGUAGCAGCGAUCGUAGGGUGUAUGAUGCUCAAUUUUUGGAGUGCGGUCGGGAUUAUAUGGGUCAACAAAUGGAUCAUGAAUCAUGGGUGGACAUGGGCUUCAAUAUUAACGUGGAUGCACUUCGUUGCGAGCUUUAUAGGAUUGGAGAUAUCAUGGAGGUAUCUAUUCGUUGUGAAAAUAAACUGGACAUUGCUCUUAAUAUCCUCUUACAACAAAGAUGAACCUCCUUUCUCUGAAAUCUGAUUUAGAGUGUGCUCCUCCACUAGGACUGAUGUCCUCAAAAAUGAUCCUUUCAGAACACAACUACCACUCAUCAGAACACUUGGCUUAUUCGAGCCAAAGGAGACCAAACUGAUGAAGGUGGUCCCUCUCUGUGCGUCCUUCAUCGCUUUCGUUGUUUUUAACAACCUGUCAUUGCAGUACAACACAGUGGGGAUAUAUCAGCUACUGAAAGUGCUGAUGACCCCUGUAGUAGUGGUACUCCAAUUUUGCAUGCAUGGGACAUUGCUCACGUUCUGGCAGACCGUUUCGCUGAUUCCGAUUUGCGUUGGAGUGUCUUUGGCAACGGUUUCAUUUAUGAAGAUGCGAAAGUCAGCUUCUUUGACUUAACAGUCCUAAUCAAUAGUAAUUUCUGUGUCUCAUUUAUGAUGCGAAAGUAAAUACGACGAGUUCCACCUGUAAAGUCAAAUUCUUCGUGAUCGUGAUCAUAUUUCGUAUCGGUUCAUGCUUCCUCCUCGUUCUCGUCCUUGUCACAGCACAUGCCCCUUUCAUACUACCUCUUGAAGUGAACGGUUUGACUGGAGUCUUUUUCGGCGUGAUGGGCAUAUUCUCCACGAGCCUCUAUCAGAUCUGGGUCAAAUCAAAACAGUCGGAUUUGCAGCUGAACCCCUUCCAGCUGUUGCACCAUCAAAGUUUCCUUUCGAUGUGGAUGCUGGCGCCUCUAGCUUUUUAUGUGGAUAGGUCACUUCUCUUCUGCCUCCAGGACUAUGCUAUGAGCACACUUGGAGACCCAGUCUGCGCGGACAAAGUCAUACGGCCACUCUGUAUUUCUUCUACUUUGGGUAACUUCUGAUAGGCGUUACAACACGUUUACGUUGUACAAAAUCGAUGUGUAAAUUAUACUCACCUCAAUAUUAUUAACAUCUUGGUAGUUAUUCUCAUCGGUAAUCUUCAAACAGCAAAUUCUUCCUCUCCUCCGACCUUUGUCGUUUACAAACGAAUCUUGCAAUCUCUCUACCUACCAGCCGAUCCCUUUUUCCUUGCCGGUGUCGGAACGAGCUGUUGUCUUGCAUACCUGGUGAACCUGAGUACUUUCCUAGUCAUCGGCAAGACGAGUCCGGUCAGCUAUCAAGUACUCGGCCACUCAAAACUCUUCGUGAUCAUGCUCUCAGCGUUCCUGAUGUUUGGAGACAUACCUUCCCCACAAAACAUCGGUGGUUGCGUCAUGGCAUUGCUGGGCAUCUUCUGGUACACGUACCUCAAAAUGUAGUAGACGAAAACGUGCAGGAGAGGAGCGGGAGUAGUAAAAACACAUAGUUCCUCAACUAUGACAGCAGCAGCAGCACUGUGAAAAAAACGAUAAGCGUCAUCUCCAUCACCAUGCCGUUACUGGAGAAGAGCUUUGCUGUAAAAGGCGAAGCAUAGACAAUAGACGAAAAUUUUCUGUAGAAGCAGGUAAUUAUACUAAUAUUUAUACAUAAUGUUCUUGGUCGUGGAUGUGAACAGCGGGAACGACAUGAUACCUUUGUACUUCCAAUUCUAGAAAGAUUGAUUUGAUGUCAUUCGCCUUCAAGCAGAUAGUACUUGCACUUUUUCGUCAUUUUCAUUCUAACGAUUACAGCUCGCUAAAACAGUCUUCGCUUCUCAACAUUGUCUUGCCCGCGGGCAUGUCACGAAUAGGUAGAAACUCUCUUACUAGAACUACAACUUUGUCCUUACCACGUAAGUACAUAUAAUUUCAACUUCAACAACAUGUGAAUUUCAAAUUCAAACUUCCGUGUGAUCGACACGACAGUAGUAUCUGUACCAUGGAGAUGGACAAUGACCGUCCUUCUGGCUUCGCCAGCGAUAUGAAGUCCAC